GUCCUCCCCAAUUGGUUUCUUCUCUCCACUCCCUAUCGGGAUUGGCUAACUUUCCCAAUUCACCGCCCCUUCCUGCCCUGCCUCUGCGCCGCUUCCUUUCCGCGGGAGGCUGCCAUCGCUGGGUCGGCCUCUCCGGCUUCGGUGCGGGGUCGCCGGGCGUUCUUUGUCCGAAAAAAGGCCAACAGAUCUGUAGCGCCGGAUUCUAGGAAGCUUGAAGAAGGGCAGAGCUACAACAACAUGGCUAGCAAGCCCAGAAAUCAAAAGCCAAGAUGGAAACUGGCAGCUAAGGCAUCUCAAUUGAACAGACCACGGAAUGUUGUUCCUUGGCAGAGCAAGGCUGAAUGGGACCAAGUGAUGGUGGGGCUGUAUUGUGAGGACUGCCAGACACAACGAGAUGCACUGGACAGAGUGUCUGUCUGGAAGAGCAGAUUUGGGUCCAAGAUGCCUUUAGCUGUGGAAUGCACUGCAGAUCUGAUCCGCUGUAAGCUCCUAGAUGCUGCUGGAAUUCUGAAAUCCCAUGAACUGAUCCUGACAUAUGGGCUGGCACUGGUGAGGUUUGUGAAUCUCAUCACCGAGCGGAAGCAGAAAAUGGUUACCGUUCCACUGAGACAUCUAGCAAAAGAGCUGAACAUCCCAAUCUGGAUUGUGGAUCUCCGUCAUGACCUAACCCACGGCACCCUUCCCCAGCUGGUGACUUGCCGAAAAGGUUGUGAUACCGUGCUGGACUGGCUGAGGCGCUCAUAUUGGAGCUGCCAACUGGGCAAUAAUUUAGUUGAAGAAGGUGAGGAGGAAACUGAAGAAUCAUCAGAAGCGGAUGGUGAAGAUGAGAUGGUCAGCAGUCAAGAAGAUCCGGAGAAGACACCAAAUGAGCAGAAACACCAGGAACUCUGUGGAAAAGUCAGAGAUGUUUUGACUUCAUUUAAAAAUCAACAACUUGAGGUUCUCAGGCAACAGCCAGAUGUCAACCAAGCCUGUAAAAUAUGGAGCAUAGCUACUUCAGAGGUGGAAUGGGUUGUGGCCCAAAUGAAAGAUUUAUUACAAGAGAACAGGGAAGUUGUGGCUGAGACAUUGCUCGAAGACGGCUUUCUCAUUCCAACCGCUGACACUGUGCAGAUCUUAAAUAUUCCUCAAGAAACUCACAAGUGGGAUUUUAAGAUGCCUCGAGCAUUUCUUCGUUUCUGGCAGCCCCUACUGAGAGGUUUGCACUCCAGACAUUUCACUCAGACUCUUUUGGAGAAAAUGUUUGAUGAUUUGAAGGCCCACGCAAGGAUCGCAUCACUUCGGUCUCAGUACCUCAUCAACUGGAUCACAAAAAUUCUGAAGGCUAACUUGCGAGUUAAAAAGAAGUUAAAGUCUUCCAAAGCCAAGAAGAAGCAAAGCUGCUUGAGAUUGUUCCAUCACCAUAUUUCAUUACAAUGGUUGAAGCUUCUCAGAGAUUGCCUAGAUGCGCCUUGCUGGGCCAGUCCUCAUCUCUUGCAUCUGAUUCUGUUGAGUAUGGAGCCUCCGUUGCCGGCUGAGGCUCAAGAGAAGCUCCUCUACUUGACCUCUAUUUACACUCAAGAAGAUGGCGCCUUCCCCACUUCUGGCUCUACACUGGACGUUUGUAAGCAGCCCAUGUACACCGUGGAGAGCUUGCUGAAGCUCAGUGCUGCUGCAGCCUCCCACAAAUUCUUGAAGAGAGCAGGGUGGACAGAGGUGUUGCCAGGAAUGGUUAAAGAGAAAGGAUUGGCUGAGGAAGAGGAGGAGGAGGAGGAAGAAGAGAUGGACACUCAGUCACUAUCACAGCAAGAACCUCUUUUCCUAGACGACCCAGCAGCUUUGGCUGAAAAAAGAAAAGCUCUUCAGGGGGGAGUCUGGCAAGUCGGCUCAGAGGAUGAAACCCCGCCCAUCCUCUAAGAUAGCUGCUAUUGGACAAAGGGAGCUUGGAGGUGUGCAACUGAUCAUUUCCUAUUGCUAUGAUAUCUCUCAAGUAGUUAGACAUUUAGGUUUUCCAAGUGAUGGAAAAGCCUGUUGUUGAUAACCCAUGCUUCUAACAGUAUCUAGAAAAUCUACAGUUAGUUCAGGCCUACCCCCAAUUAGAUUACUUGUAAGACCUCCUGUCUCCAGCUCUCUGCUUUUUCUGUAAUAUCCAGCAGAGUUGGCAUGACUUCUCUCUCAAGUCACCUAGUGGGACUCAGGGGGUGUAGCUUCUGUGCUGAGGACCUGUCAUAUGGAACAUCAUGUUCGGAUGGCUGUGACUCUGUCCUUCCUCACUGGGCCACACCAUGGAUUAGAUUGAAAAUGUUUGGUUCCAAGAUGGGACCGUUUCUGAAAGAGCAGACGACCAAGGUGCUUUCAAGCAACCUUACCCAAUUUCCAGUGGUAUCAGAGCAUUCUGAGAGUUGGAAGUUCACAGGUUUAAAAGUUGCCGAGGUUGGACACUCCUGCUGUACAUUGUUCCCUUUUGGCUCAGUGCAGUGUUUUAACUCCGCUCCUGUGACUUCCUGGGUGAGCUCUAUCCAUCAUUGACUAUACUUG